CGCUGCGGGCGGGUGACGUGGAUGCCGGCGCCCGCUGCGCCCCGCCCCGUCCCUCCUGGCCCCGGCGGCGGGUCUGUCUGUGGGCCCGGCAGUCCCGCGGUGUUCGCGCUCAGGGUCCCUGGCCUGGGAGCGACCCCAGCAGCACUACGGCGGUGCGGAUGAGAGCGGGGACGUGCAGCUGUCCGCUGACAUCUCGGGUCCUGCCCUCCCUUCCCCACUGGUCGUGGGAAGUAAAAAUAAAACCGAAAGGGUGGGAGUCGCGGAGGCAGGAGCGGACCAAGGGAUGCGGUGCGCUUGAGCGGGCCGAGAGGUUUCUCAUUGUGGAUCACUGAUUGAAUAAUAGAUGGCCUUACCUCGUCUCACAGGAGCCUUGCGCUCCUUUUCAAAUGUCACCAAGCAAGAUAAUUAUAAUGAAGAAGUGGCUGACUUAAAGGUGAAGAGAGCCAAACUUCAUGAACAGGUUUUAGAUUGGGGCCUGACGUGGAAGAAGAUAGUAAAAUUUUUGAAUGAAAGACUGGAGAAGAGUAAAAUGCAAAGUAUAAAUGAAGACUUAAAAGAUAUUUUGCAUGCUGCUAAACAAAUAGUUGGAACCGAUAAUGGGAAAGAAGCAAUUGAAAGCGGGGCUGCAUUUCUCUUCAUGACGUUUCACUUGAAGGACUCUGUUGGUCAUACGGAGACAAAGGCUGUCAAACAGAUGUUUGGUCCCUUUCCAUCAUCGUCUGCCACUGAAGCUUGUAAUGCUACUAAUAGAAUUAUUUCUCAUUUUAGUCAAGAUGAUCUUACUGCUCUUGUCCAGUUGACAACAAAGGAAUACAGUGAUGGAGGUUUUUUUGGCAAAAAUUUAGCAUUUUCAUUUGAUAUGCAUGACUUGGACCACUUUGAUGAAUUGCCAGUAAAUGGUGAAUCCCAGAAAACCAUAAGCCUAGAUUAUCAGAAGUUUUUGAAUGAACAUGAGCAUUGCACUCCAGAACUCAAGCCAGUGGAAAAAACAAAUGGCUCCUUUUUGUGGUGUGAAGUUGAGAAGUACUUGAAUACAAGUUUGAAGGAAAUGACUGAAGCACCAAGAAUAGAAGAUCUUUGCUGUACUUUAUAUGAUAUGCUUGCUUCUGUUAAAAGUGGUGAUGAGCUUCAGGAUGAGCUAUUUGAACUGCUGGGACCUGAAGGGCUUGAUCUUAUUGAGAAGCUCCUCCAGAACAGAAUCACAAUUGUGGAUAAAUUCCUUAAUUCUUCAAAUGAUCAUAAGUUUCAGGCUCUUCAAGACAGUUGCAAAAAAAUUUUAGGGGAAAAUACUAAACCGAAUUAUGGUUGCCAAGUCACUAUUCAGUCUGAACAAGAAAAACAGUUAAUGAAACAAUAUCGUCGUGAAGAAAAGAGAAUUGCCAGACGAGAAAAAAGGGCUGGAGAAGAUGGAGAAGGUUCAGGAGAAGGACUCACGUGCUUCGAUCCUAAAGAAUUGAGAAUACAUAGAGAGCAAGCACUUCUGAAUGCUAAAAGUGCCCCACUUCUGAGCAGGCAGAGAGACACAGACACGGAAAAAAUACAUUAUCCGCAUGUUUAUGAUUCCCAGGCGGAAGCCAGGAAAACAUCAGCCUUCAUUGCUGGUGCAAAGAUGAUUUUACCAGAAGGAAUCCAAAGGGAGAACAGCAAGCUUUGUGAAGAAGUUAAGAUUCCCUACAGUGAACCAAUGCCGGUGGGCCUCGAGGAAAAGCCAGUUUAUAUCCAAGACUUAGAUGAGAUUGGACAGCUGGCUUUUAAAGGAAUGAGAAGACUCAAUAGAAUUCAGUCAAUAGUGUUUGAGACUGCCUACAACACUAAUGAGAACAUGCUGAUUUGUGCCCCUACUGGUGCUGGAAAGACUAACAUUGCAAUGCUUACAGUCUUGCAUGAAAUUCGCCAACACUUCCAACAAGGUGUUUUAAGAAAGAAUGAAUUUAAGAUUGUAUAUGUUGCUCCAAUGAAAGCUUUGGCAGCUGAAAUGACAAACUACUUCAGCAAACGUCUGGAGCCACUGGGCAUCGUUGUGAAAGAAUUGACUGGUGAUAUGCAGUUAUCAAAAAAUGAAAUUUUACGAACUCAGAUGCUUGUGACCACACCAGAAAAAUGGGAUGUAGUGACGAGAAAGAGUGUUGGGGAUGUCGCCCUUUCCCAAAUUGUCAAGCUGCUUAUUCUCGAUGAAGUCCAUCUGCUUCAUGAAGAUAGAGGACCAGUAUUAGAAAGCAUAGUUGCACGUACUUUACGACAGGUUGAAUCCACACAGAGUAUGAUAAGGAUUCUUGGACUGUCUGCAACCUUACCCAACUACCUCGAUGUUGCCACGUUUUUACACGUUAAUCCUUACAUUGGACUUUUCUACUUUGAUGGCCGUUUUCGACCAGUACCUCUUGGGCAGACAUUUUUGGGGAUUAAAAGUGCAAAUAAGAUGCAGCAAUUGAAUAACAUGGAUGAAGUGUGUUAUGAAAGUGUUUUAAAGCAAGUAAAGGAUGGACACCAGGUCAUGGUGUUUGUACAUGCUCGAAAUGCUACCGUGAGAACAGCCAUGUCUCUAAUAGAAAGAGCAAAAAAUUGUGGCCAGAUAUCCUGCUUUUUACCUACCCAAGGACCUGAAUAUGGACAUGCAGAAAAACAGGUGCAAAAGUCAAGAAAUAAGCAAGUACGAGAAUUAUUCCCAGAUGGUUUUAGUAUUCAUCAUGCAGGAAUGCUCCGGCAGGAUAGAAAUUUGGUUGAAAACUUAUUUUCUAAUGGGCAUAUCAAAGUCCUGGUCUGUACAGCUACGUUAGCCUGGGGUGUCAAUCUUCCUGCCCAUGCUGUCAUUAUCAAGGGAACACAAAUAUAUGCUGCGAAACGAGGCUCCUUUGUUGACCUUGGAAUUUUAGAUGUCAUGCAGAUAUUUGGUAGAGCUGGACGGCCACAGUUUGACAAAUUUGGGGAAGGAAUCAUCAUAACAACACACGAUAAACUCAGCCAUUACCUCACUUUGCUCACUCAGCAAAACCCAAUUGAGAGUCAGUUUCUGGAAAGCCUUGCAGAUAACUUAAAUGCAGAGAUUGCUCUAGGAACAGUUACUAAUGUGGAAGAAGCAGUGAAGUGGAUAAGUUACACUUAUCUUUAUGUACGGAUGAGAGCAAAUCCAUUAGUAUAUGGCAUCAGUCACAAGGCGUACCAGAUUGACCCAACAUUAAGAAAACAUCGAGAACAAUUGGUCAUUGAAGUUGGACGAAAAUUAGACAAAGCUCAGAUGAUUCGUUUUGAAGAACGGACUGGAUACUUUUCCUCAACUGACUUGGGUAGAACCGCCAGCCACUACUAUAUUAAAUACAGCACCAUUGAGACCUUUAAUGAACUCUUUGAUGCACACAAAACUGAAGGUGAUAUCUUUGCUAUAGUUUCCAAAGCUGAAGAAUUUGAUCAAAUCAAGGUCAGAGAAGAGGAAAUAGAGGAAUUAGAUGCCUUAUUAAACAACUUCUGUGAACUCUCAGCUCCUGGAGGUGUAGAAAAUAGUUAUGGGAAAAUAAACAUCUUACUUCAAACUUACAUCAGCCGAGGAGAGAUGGACAGUUUCUCCCUUAUAUCAGAUUCUGCAUACGUUGCACAGAAUGCAGCUAGAAUUGUCCGUGCUCUUUUUGAAAUUGCUCUGCGGAAACGUUGGCCUGCCAUGACCUACAGGCUCCUGAAUCUUAGUAAAGUCAUUGACAAGAGGCUUUGGGGUUGGGCUAGCCCUUUGAGACAAUUCUCGGUGUUACCACCACACAUUCUAACAAGAUUAGAAGAAAAAAAUCUUACUGUGGAUAAGCUGAAGGACAUGAGGAAAGAUGAAAUAGGUCACAUUUUGCAUCAUGUGAAUAUUGGACUGAAGGUCAAGCAAUGUGUUCAUCAGAUUCCUUCUGUUAUGAUGGAAGCAUCCAUUCAGCCCAUCACCCGGACUGUCCUUCGAGUGACACUUAACAUCUUUCCUGAUUUUACUUGGAAUGAUCAGGUCCAUGGGACAGUGGGAGAACCCUGGUGGAUUUGGGUAGAAGAUCCUACAAAUGAUCAUAUUUAUCAUUCAGAAUAUUUUCUCACUCUAAAAAAGCAGGUCAUUAGUAAAGAAGCUCAACUGCUUGUGUUUACAAUCCCUAUUUUUGAACCAUUGCCUUCUCAGUACUAUAUCAGAGCAGUGUCUGAUAGAUGGUUAGGAGCUGAGGCUGUUUGUAUUAUCAACUUUCAACAUUUGAUUCUACCAGAGAGACAUCCUCCUCAUACAGAAUUACUGGAUCUUCAGCCUCUACCAAUUACAGCCUUGGGAUGUAAAGCCUAUGAAGCACUGUACAAUUUCAGCCACUUUAACCCUGUACAGACACAGAUAUUUCAUACACUGUAUCACACAGACUGUAAUGUCCUACUUGGAGCACCCACUGGAUCAGGAAAGACUGUUGCUGCUGAAUUAGCCAUUUUCAGAGUGUUCAACAAGUACCCUACCUCAAAGGCAGUAUAUAUUGCACCCCUAAAAGCCCUGGUACGUGAAAGAAUGGAUGAUUGGAAAGUUAGAAUAGAAGAAAAACUUGGAAAAAAAGUUAUUGAACUAACAGGGGAUGUGACUCCUGAUAUGAAAUCAAUUGCCAAGGCUGACCUUAUUGUCACUACACCAGAGAAGUGGGAUGGAGUCAGCAGAAGCUGGCAAAAUAGAAGCUAUGUUCAGCAAGUCACUAUUCUCAUCAUAGAUGAGAUCCAUUUGCUUGGGGAGGAAAGAGGUCCUGUCCUAGAGGUCAUUGUAUCACGAACAAAUUUCAUCUCAUCUCAUACAGAAAAACCUGUUAGAAUAGUUGGACUAUCUACUGCAUUAGCUAAUGCCAGAGACCUUGCUGAUUGGCUCAAUAUCAAGCAGAUGGGCUUGUUCAACUUCCGACCAUCAGUACGCCCUGUUCCUCUGGAGGUCCACAUCCAAGGCUUCCCUGGGCAGCAUUACUGUCCUCGCAUGGCUAGUAUGAAUAAGCCUGCAUUUCAAGCAAUUCGAAGCCAUUCUCCAGCCAAACCAGUUUUGAUAUUUGUCUCAUCAAGACGUCAAACUCGUCUUACUGCCUUGGAAUUGAUAGCCUUUCUGGCUACUGAAGAGGAUCCAAAGCAGUGGUUGAAUAUGGAUGAAAGAGAGAUGGAGAACAUCAUUGGAACAGUAAAAGAUUCCAACCUGAAGCUGACGCUUGCUUUUGGAAUAGGAAUGCAUCAUGCUGGACUGCAUGAAAGGGACCGGAAAACAGUAGAGGAGCUAUUUGUAAACUGUAAAAUUCAGGUGCUUAUUGCUACAAGCACAUUAGCCUGGGGUGUAAACUUUCCAGCUCAUUUAGUCAUUAUUAAGGGAACAGAAUAUUAUGAUGGAAAAACAAGACGCUAUGUGGAUUUUCCCAUUACAGAUGUACUCCAGAUGAUGGGACGUGCUGGGAGGCCUCAGUUUGAUGACCAAGGCAAAGCUGUAAUUCUGGUUCAUGACAUAAAGAAAGAUUUUUACAAAAAAUUUCUUUAUGAACCUUUCCCAGUAGAAUCAAGCUUAUUAGGAGUGCUUUCUGACCAUUUAAAUGCAGAGAUUGCUGGAGGUACAAUAACUUCUAAGCAGGAUGCACUGGAUUACAUCACCUGGACUUAUUUUUUCCGACGUCUUAUCAUGAACCCCAGCUACUACAAUUUGGGUGAUGUGAGCCAUGAUUCUGUGAACAAGUUUCUGUCCCAUCUUAUUGAGAAGUCCCUGAUUGAGUUGGAACUCUCCUACUGCAUUGAAAUUGGAGAGGAUAAUCGGAGUAUUGAACCUCUGACAUAUGGCAGAAUUGCCUCCUAUUACUAUCUGAAGCAUCAAACAGUUAAAAUGUUCAAGGAUCGUUUGAAACCUGAAUGCAGUACUGAAGAAUUGCUUUCAAUUCUGAGUGAUGCAGAAGAAUACACAGAUUUGCCAGUAAGACACAAUGAAGAUCAUAUGAAUAGUGAACUGGCAAAAUGUCUUCCCAUUGAGUUAAAUCCUCAUUCAUUUGACAGCCCACACACCAAAGCACAUCUGCUGCUUCAAGCACAUCUCAGCCGAGCCAUGCUGCCCUGCCCAGAUUAUGACACUGAUACCAAAACAGUGUUGGACCAAGCUCUCAGAGUAUGUCAGGCAAUGCUGGAUGUGGCUGCAAACCAGGGCUGGCUGGUGACUGCCCUGAAUAUCACCAAUCUGGUUCAGAUGGUGGUCCAGGGUCGGUGGCUAAAAGAUUCUUCUCUUCUUACAGUCCCAAACAUAGAACAGCACCAUCUUCACCUUUUCAGAAAAUGGAAAAAGGGACCGCAUGCUAGGUGUUGGACCUCCAUCGAGUGCCUUCCUGAGCUGAUUCAUGCCUGUGGAGGGAAAGACCAUGUAUUCAGCAGCAUGGUAGAAAAUGAGCUCCAUGCUGCAAAAACAAAGCAGGCAUGGACUUUCUUGUCUCGCUUGCCAGUGAUAGAUGUUGGCAUAAGUGUUAAAGGCUCAUGGGAUGACUUAGUUGAAGGACAUAAUGAACUCUCCAUUUCAAAUCUGACUGCAGACAAACGAGAUGACAACAAAUGGAUCAAAUUGCAUGCUGAUCAGGAGUAUGUGCUUCAAGUCAGCUUGCGGAGAGUCCACUUUGGGUUCUACAAGGGGAAGCAAGAGUCCUGUGCAGUGACCCCUCGAUUUCCCAAAUCAAAAGAUGAAGGAUGGUUUUUAAUAUUAGGAGAAGUGGAUAAGAGAGAACUUAUUGCUUUAAAAAGAGUAGGAUAUAUACGAAAUCAUCAUGUAGUUUCCCUUUCAUUUUAUACCCCUGAAAUGCCUGGAAGGUACAUCUUUACACUGUAUCUCAUGAGUGACUGCUACCUUGGCCUGGACCAGCAGUAUGACAUUUAUCUCCACGUCACACAAGCCAACGCUUCUACACAGGUCAACCCCAAGGCCACUGAUGCCUUCGCUGAGUGAAGCAACCUGACCCAAAUAAUCGUAUAAAAGAAGUACUUAAGAAGUCUGGCUCUUUAGUCCUGCAGACAGAGUCGAAUUACCUGAUGUUUGCCUUGAUGGAAUCAACUUCUAACCUCAAAGACAUCCAGUAGAUUGACAGUUACUGCAGUAUUGACUCCAGCAACACAAAGUUAGAUGCAGUGGCCUUUUAACAAAUGCUGCCUUUUGUAAUGUUGUCUUCAUGGGUUUCUUGAUAUGUAAAAUGGACAAGCAUGUGGGACAAUCUUUUAAUUUGUGUAUAUUUGGGAUGAUAUUUAGGAGUUAUCAAUCAAAUUUCACAUCUCACAAUGUACUGUUUAUAUGAAUAUUAUCAUUUUUUAAGGAAAAAUACAUUGAGAUGUUACAGUGUUGGGAUUUUAAUUCUGCAGUAUAAAAUACAUGAAAUAAAUUUGCAAGGUGAUAUACUGUGUAUCUUGAUAGCAAAAUUUAUACUUUGAUCACAUGUAGAAGUAGUUUCAGCAAUUUCUUAUAGUCAUAAAUGUUAAUAAUAUAUGGUAUAAAAUUAUAUUUUGGAGCCCAAUGAUGAUAAAAAAAACAGAAUAUAUUGAUCUUAGAAAAUAUAGAUACUGAACUGGUGGAAAUAAAAUAUGUAAAGUGCAACUUCAAAACAAGCUGACUUAAUUUUUCUUCUGGCUUCCUUUCCAUCAUAUCCCUUCUUACUCUUCUUUCCCUUCUACGUCAAGACUACUUCCAUUGUCUUUCUGAUAUAUUUAUUUAUACAGGGAGACAAAUAUAGUCUAAUUUGCAUUAUAACAUAUGAAGGAACAAUUCUUUGUUGUUGUGUUCAGGUGGUGGGUAGGUUUUUCCCUAUGAAAAAGGGAAUUUCUCAAUAUGUAAACAAGUUCAUCUUUUUAAAAAAAAACUUUUUCAAACUUAGUACUUGGGUCCCUGCCACCAAUAUGGAAGACCCAGAUGAUAUUCCUGGCUGCUGACUUUGGCCAACCCCAAUCCUGAAUAUUGUGGGAAUCUGGCAAGUGAACCAGUAGGUGAAGAGCUCUCUCUUGCUCUCUCUGGCUCUCGCUCUCUUCCCCUACUCUGAGUGAGAGGGAGGAGCUGGUGGGGGGAAUUAUCCACUAUCACUCUGACUUUCAAAUACAUCUUUUUUUAAAAGAAAGAAUGAAUUUGAAAUUUUUGUUUUUCUUAUUUGAAAGUGAGAGUUACAGAGAGAGAGAGAGAUCUUCCAUCUGCUGGUUCACUUGCCAAAUGACCACAUCAAAGGCUGGCUAGGCCAAGCCAAAGCCAGGAGCUUCUUCCAGAUCUCCCACGUGAGUGCAGUGGCCCAAGAACUUGGCCCAUUUUCUGCUGCUUUCCCAAGCCAUUAGCAGGGAGCUGGUUUGGAAGUGAGGUAGCUAGGACUUGAAUCGGUACCCUUAUGGGAUGCCGGCAUUGCAAGUGGUGGGUUACCCACUACACCACAACAACAGCCCUGCAAGUGAGAUUAUUUAGAGACAUCAAUUAUCAACCUGUACAGAAAUCUGAGGCAGAACAAUUACACCAGUUCUAUGUCUGUCACCAUCACCCAUUUCUUGUCACAGAGUAGUCAGUUCUGUAGGAGGUAUGGGAACAGCUUCAUUGGAUAAUGUAUAUGGCACAGUAAAUCAAAACAAUAAGAAAAAUAUUUCUGUCAUAUCUAUCAGAAAAAAUACUGUGAAAAACUGAAUAAUUUUAGGAUUAUGACUUCUUAGUUCUGAAUAUGCCACAGGGGACACUAGUUAGGCAAGGUGCGCUUGGAUGGAAAAAUUAAUGUUAUCCCAAUGAGUAACCAACGAUAUUUGUCUCAACUUUGCAUUCAUUCCUCCCUCCACCAAAAUUUUAGUAUUAAGUAUGCCUUGUAACAGGAUACGUGCCACCAUAAUCAUAUUAGUACUAUUUUCAAUCUGUAAAUCAUUAACAUUCCAUCAUGUUUAGUAGCAUUUAAAAAUGACUCCAAAUCUUGAUUACUGAUAAAAGUUAUUUGUCUUAAAAUUUCUUUUUUUUUUUUUUUUAACAGGCAGAGUUAGUGAGAGAGACAGAAAGAAAGGUCUUCCUUUUUCUGUUGGUUCACCCUCCAGAUGACCACUAAGGCCGGCGCGUUGCGGCCACUGUGCUGCGCCGCGCCAAUCCAAAGCCAGGAGCCAGGUGCUUCCUCCUGGUCUCCCUUGUGGGUGCAGGGCCCAAGGAUUUGGGCCAUCCUCCACUGCCCUCCCGGGCCACAGCAGAGAGCUGGACUGGAAGAGAAGCAACCAGGACAGAAUCCAGCACCCCAACUGGGACUAGUACCCAGGGUGGUGGCGCCACAGGUGGAGGAUUAGUCUAGUGAGCCAUAGCGCCAGCCUGUCUUAAAAUUUCUGAAGGGGGUUUUGUAUAGAUAAGAAAUAUUUCAGUGGGUACAUUAUAAAUGUUUUCUUAAGUGGAGCAUACACAGCCCACUUCAUCUCAGACCAUGCAUCUCUAGACUAUUACAUUAUACCACUCUGAUUUCAUGGCUUGUUAUUUUAUAGUCCUCUGGGUUUUAUCAACUCAAAAUUAUAUGAAGUACCUGUCAAACAUUUGUCCUAAGCACUGUAUUCAAUAUUCUGAUAACCACAAGACUCAGAGACAUUUCCUGUCCUCUAACAAGGUAACCUGGUGAUAAAAAGGAGGUGUACCUAAUUCUAAUAAUACAAUUAUGAUAGUGAUAGGGAGUAAAUACUCUGGGAGUUCAGAGGUAAAAUAUUCCCUUUAAAAAUCAGAAAUGCAGCCAGCACUGCGGCUCACUAGGCUAAUCCUCCGCCUUGCGGCGCCGGCACACCAGGUUCUAGUCCUGGUCGGGGCGCCGGAUUCUGUCCCGGUUGCCCCUCUUCCAGGCCAGCUCUCUGCUGUGGCCAGGGAGUGCAGUGGUGGAUGGCCCAAGUGCUUGGGCCCUGCACCCCAUGGGGGACCAGGAGAAGUACCUGGCUCCUGGCUUCGGAUCAACAUGGUACGCCAGCCACAGCGGUCAUUGAGAGGUGAACCAAUGGCAAAGGAAGACCUUUCUCUCUCUCUCUCUCUCUCUCACUGUCCACUCUGCCUGUCCAAAAAAAAAAAAAAAAAAAUCAGAAAUGCUGGGCUACAGAUGGUACAGCAGAUUAAGCUAUCCUCAUAUAGUACCAGUUCAAGUCCUGACUGCUACACUUGUGAUCAAGCUCCCUACUAAUGUGCCUGGUAAAGCAUUGGAAGAUGGCUCAACUAAUUGGGUCCCUGCCACCCUGUAUGGAGUUCCAGGCUCCUGGCCUUUACCAUUACAUCCAUUUGGGGAGUAAACCAGUAAUGGAAGAUAUCUCUCUCUCUCUCUAACUCUGCCUUUAAAAUAAAUAAAUAUUUUUUAAAAAUCAGGAAGCCCAUACAUUGUGUGACACAAGUUAAACUACCACUUGCAAUGCUGGCCUCCCAUCAAAGAGUGCCAUUUCAAGUACUAGCAGCUCUGCUUCUGAUCUGACUUCCUGUUAACGCACCUAGAGAGGCAGUGGAAGAUUACCCAAGUCCUUGGAUUCUUGCCAUCCACAUGGGAGACCCUGAUAGAGCUCCUGGUUCAGCCUGGCCCAGCCCUGGAUGUUGUGGCCAUUUGGGGAGUCAGCCAGCAGAUGGAAGAUCUCUCUGUCUCUCCCUCUCUCUGUGUCUCUGUCUCUCUCUGUGUCACCCUGCCUUUCAAAAAUAAAUGUCUUUUUAAAAAUCAUAAAGGCUAAUCUUCCACCUAGCGGCGCCGGCACACUGGGUUCUAGUCCCGGUCGGGGCGCCGGAUUCUGUCCUGGUUGCCUCUCUUCCAGGCCAGCUCUCUGCCGUGGCCAGGGAGUGCAGUGGAGGAUGGCCCAAGUACUUGAGCCCUGCACCCCAUGGGAGACCAGGAGAAGCACCUGGCUCCUGCCAUCAGAUCAGCGCGGUGCGCAGGCCGCAGCGGCCAUUGGAGGGUGAACCAACGGCAAAGGAAGACCUUUCUCUCUGUCUCUCUUUCUCACUGUCCACUCUGCCUGUCAAAAAAUAAAUAAAUAAAUAAAUAAAAUAGAAAUCAUAAAGGGACAUUUGGCUAAGGGUUUUUUAUUUUUUUCUUUAUUUUAACAGGCACAGUUUUUAAGAUAGUUAGAAUGAUGAAAGGCAACAUUCCAGAUAGAACAGAAUUAGCAAGGCUCUAGGAGAUGUCCAUUUGGGGUGCGCUUUCAGAGAUAUGAAAGGGAUCAACAGGUGAGAAGAAUGGAAAAGUCUCUGAAGAGAACUUGAAUUACAGAAUAAGGAGUGGGGCAAGCAUUUGGAACAAUGCUUAAGUCACCAUUUAGGUACCACAUACCCCAUAUCAGAGCAGCUGGUUCAAGUUCUAGCUCCCCUGGUUCCAAUCCAACUUUCUGCUGACAGAGAUUACGGGAGACAGAAGAUUAUGCCUCAAGUACUUGGGUCCCAGCCACCCACCGAGGAGACAUAUUGAGUUCCAGGCUCCUGCCUUCAUUCUGGCCAGCCCUAGCUGUUGAGGGCAUUUGGAGAAUGAACAAAUGGAUGGAAAAUCUCUUUCUCUCUCUCUGUCUCUGCCUUUCAAAUAAAAUACAUUACAAAAGUUUUUUUAAUUAAGAACCAUGAAUCCUUAUGUAGGCAGUGAAAUUUCUUCACACGUCACAAGAGGUCAAGGUUUGGCUAUAUGGGAGUUUUAUUUAGGCAUGGAAAGGAUAUGACCAAGAAAGGAAGUGUUCCAAAAAAGGUUCAGGGGAAAAAACAACCCCAGCAAGAAGUCAAGAGGAACCAGAGGUUAUGACUAGGAAAGCUAACAGCUGAGUAGAGUGGUGGAUAAUGAGCACUAAACCUUGAGGCAGAGAAAGAACAAAGUCAAGGGUCCUGAUGUUGGGGAUACUGGGUCCUUGAUGAUCAUUAACAGAGAUUUCAGUAACAAAGGAAAGGAGAAAGUAGAUUGUCAGGAGGUAGGGACUUGAGUGGACAAUAAAUGAAGAAGUAAUUCUACAGGCUUCACCCAGCAAAGAGCCAAUGCUAGUGGAUUCCUGUCCCCUUACACAUAGGCAUCCUCUUUCUUGUUACAUUUAGGGCCAACUGGAAUUCAACUGUCAGAAACAAAACAACUUCAACACCCCUAAAACUGCAAUACAAAGCCAUGGGGAACUUAGCUGUGGGGAUCCUUCAAACCCAAUAAUAAAACUGGCAGCAUUUAAAGAGAAACAUAGCUAUUUCAUCAGCAUGAAUGAGUAGCCCUUGUCUUCCUGCGCUUUGAUAUCUCACCGGGGGCCAGCAUUGUGGCACAGUGAGUUAAGCUGCCACCUGCAACACCAACACUGGCAUCCUAUAUGGGCACCUGUUUGAAUCCCAGUUGCUGCACUUCCAAUGCAGCUCCCUGCUAAAGUGCCUAAGAAAGCAGCAGAAGAUGGCCCAAAUACUUGGGGCCCUGGAUCUAUGUGGAGACCCACAUGAAGCUCUUGGCUUGGACCUGACCCAGUCUGAGCCACUGGGGCCAUUUACAGAGGGAGCCAGUGGAUAGAAAAUUUCCUCUCUCUCUCUCUCUCUCUUUCUCUUCUCUUCUUUCUCUCUCUCUCUCUCUCUCUCUCUCUCUGUGUGUGUGUGUAUGUAUGUGUGUAUCUCCCUAAUCUGUAACUCUGCCUUUCAAAUAAAUUUUUUAAAUUCCACUGGUAACUGUUGGGAAGAAGACAGAGUGACAUGGAAUAUAUAGUCACCAAUAGUCAUUUGGGAGAUGUUUGGCUCGGUGGUUAAUACAUCAUUUGGGACUCUCAAGUCCCAUGGCAAAGUGCCUAGGUUUGAGUCCCAACUCCACUCCUGACUUAUUGUUAUCACCAAAUGGAAGGUAGAGACCCAAAUACUUGACCCAUCACCACUGCCUUUCAGGAUUUGUAUUAUCAGGAAGUUGGAGUGAGGAACCAGAGCUGAGUAUCAAAUCUAGGUACUCUGAUGUGAGACAUGGGCGUGUUAAUCAUGGCAUCAAACACCAAACACCUGUCCCUAUUCCCAAAAUGUAAUCAUCAGUCCUUCGACUUGUUGUCAUGGAGCAUUCUGUACUGUUUCUGAAAAAUAAGGUUGUUUGAAUCUAAGAUCUUAGAAUGAAGUAGAA